AUGGAGGUUGUUCACAUGGAAACGAAACAGGGAGGUGUUGUAGCCCAGUUUAAAUGUUCAUCUGUUGUGCUCUGUUUGGACGUCUCUCCACAGUUGGAUUAUAUGGUGCGUGAAUGUGAAGACGGAAUGCUGCAGCUGUGGUCACUCCAGACUGGCAAGCUAAUGUGGACACGUCCAGUCGCAGUAGAAAAGAGUUUCAAAGUUUCCUUGUCCACCGGGCUUGCCAGAAAUUCACCUUCUGAAGAUGUUUCAUUAUUUCGUUCUGUUGUUUUUCACCCUACAAAGGAAUGUAUUUUACCUGGGGUUCUAAGUCAGGCCUAUACUAUGGACGGAGACUUGAAACCGCUUUUUCCCGGAAGUAACUGUAGAUUCUCAGUUUGCUCUAUUUCCGGCGACAAGACCAAGAUUCUAACUAAUUGCCUGAAGAAUUCUAAAUGUCUUGUCCUGUGGAGCUUGGAAAAUGGCUCAGAGGUCGAUCGAAUCCUCGCAAAUGAAAACAUUUUAUCAUUUGCGUGUUCUGGCGAUGGUAGACUUCUCGCAAUUUCCUAUUGUUCGGGGUUAAUAAGUUUGGUUGAUGUGAGGUGUGGUUUCAGACAACUAGCACAGGCAGCCACCCCAGAUGUGUGUGGAAUGGUAAAGUUUUCACCCAAUCAUCGAUUUCUUUUUUGUUGUUAUGUAGAAAACGUUGUUUCCCGUUUAUUUUGUUUGAGUGUUGUUAAGGAUACUCACAACACAUUUUCUUUAAAGAAUUCAUAUGACAUGUCUUAUGUUUUCGAGAAAUUUGAAUCUUUUAAUGAUUGCGCGUUUUCCUUUGGUGAUGUCAUUGGUACACAUCGUUUCUGUAACAACUUAAUUUAUUUUCUUGACGAGCAACGUCUCUUGCGGUGGAAAUUGAAUGAAAUAGAAAUGAUGGAUAUCCAAGACGCAAACAAAAGUGGUCAUGACGUUACUAAAAUUUGUGGAAUUGCACUCAGUUUAGAUGGGCAGACAGCGUAUGUUGCAAGUGAGGCAUCAGUUACUGCUUGGGAUAUACAAAGCGAGAAGCUUAAAGCUGAGGUGAACCUUAGAGUCACAUGGCACAAUCAGUAUUGGUGAAAACAUUUUUUAUGCCUGCCUAGUAAAGACAUUCCGCAGCAACCCAUUAAAUAGAGGAAGAAAAUGGUGCUACCUUUGGAAUCACUGUAGAAAAUGUUUCAUUUUUUUUUUUUGGCUGUAUUGUGAAGUGGCUCUAAGAAGUGCGGGGAGGGUCGGGGGUGGUAAAGGAUGGAGGGAAUGCUCGCCGUCAGUUGAAUAAGCCAUCAUACGAAUAUCUAUUUGAACUUGUCAUGCAUUAUGUAAAACGAUAAUGUUUGCUCAAUUUGAAAAGUGACUUCAGACCCGAUUUUUGUGAAUUUCAAAACCCAUUAAUCUUUGCCAUUUACAACGUGUUUUUAUUUAGGUAAUUAUCAAACAUUGUGGCUUGUGAUAUUUUACAAAUAUCUUCUUGAUUUAUGAUAUUUUUGUGUCGCACUGUGCAGCAGGGGUGGGGGGGGGGGGAAACGAGGUCUGGGACCGAGAAACGAUGUUCUCAUAACUUGUAAAAAGCGGUCACCUUGAGUGGUGGUCAGCGGAUAACUGCAGUAUUUUUCUUAAAGUAAAUAUUUUACAAGCGAACCGACAGAGGAAAUAAUUCAAUAAUAUUUAAAAUACAUAUAUAUCAUGCCUCUUUGUUUUUUUCUCGUAUAACAUAUUUGUCGUCACAUUCUCUCUUGUUGGUACUGAAAUUGCGAGGGAAACCAAACAAAAACGACUGGCACUGCAACCGUGUAAAUUCUUAACCGACAACUUGGCGCGCUAGACUAUCGAUCAAGUUUAAAUAAGUUACAUCGUUUUUGCGCAGGGCGAGGGCAUCAGAUGAUUAUAUAAGUCAUGAUGCUGAUAAAAGUACCUGGAAAAAGUGUCAGAUUCAUUGAAAUAAGUCUAUUUAAGGGACCGUUCAUUUUUUACGAGGUAGGGGGGGUGGGAUUUGGGGGGAAGGGGGGGCACGCAAAAAAAAACGGAGGGAAGGGGGGGGUCACGCGAAAUAUUUUAGUUCAUGUAGAGUUGACACGGUGUGUUAUUAUUAAAUAAAACUACAAAUACAGAAAAAAGCAAAAGGUAUAUAAAUGUAUCAAAAACUUUUGUUCUGCGUUUACAUGACAGCGUUCAGUUCCACGACAACAAUUUUCAAAGCUAGGAAACUAUCAUUAAAAGAUUCUUUAUCAGGUUAGUGCUGUGCAACGUCUCUCUGCUCAUGUUCCUCUUCGUCAUCAUUGCCAAGCUCUUCCUCAUCGCUCGUGCUCCUGCUAGAGUCGCUUUCGUCGUUUUCAGUCAUAGCAUACUCUUCAGGGUACAUGAAGCAGUACACGUUAUCUCUAACCUCCGGCUUGAGAUUUGUGAUAAUUCUGCUUCCUGCGGCGUUGCUGAAAUGGUUUCCUUGCAAGAGCUUUGCAAUGUAUGCCGCAUCUCGAUCAAAAAAAAAUUCGGAAACUUUCUCAACGUCGAUGCACCCUUCAGGGACGGCAAGGCAAGGAGGAUACAUAAGACAUUUCGGAAGAUCAUUACCUAGCGGGUUUCCGACACAAAUAGUAUACACUCGUUGGACGUUGUUUUCAAACCUUUUCUUUUUUCUUGCAUUCGAUUUUCGACGGUUUUCUUUUUUUCUUCUUCCCUUGCUUAUUCGGUCUCUAUGUAGGCCCUUGAAAAUGCUACGAAAACUGUCUUUACUUUCUUCUAGUGUCUCUGUAUCCCGCGUUACCUUUUGCACCUUAGCCUCGACGCACUUGAUCUGCUUUACAUUCAAGUCGUGAGCAAAUUCUUUUCCUUGCUUCAAGAUAAGCCCAUUAGACAGGAAAAGCGUAGAAUCAUGUUCUUUCACGGCUUUCAAUACGCUUUUCAGCUUCCCAAGCAUACUUUGGUGCUCUUUAAUCGAAGAGUUCAAUCUCCUGCCAUCACUGGGCUUAAACUGAAACAGCUUCGAGUGCCAGAGCUUAACAAGUACCUCAAGCACCAUGGACUACACCAACACAUCACAAGCCCUAAGAACGACAAGGUGAAGGUAAUCACAAGGCAUUGGCUUCUCCAAAUGAAUCCUGAAGGCCCUGAUCCAUUAAUGCUGCAAACACGACUGAGAGAAAGAGAUGGAGCUGAUAAAGAAUCCCCCCUUCCUGUCUAUGUUGAAACUUGCAUGCACUCCUUGCCAAAAUACGAAUUGGCCAUAAUCGCUAAAAGGCGGAACGCAAGUUCAUCUAAUUCACAUAAACGUUUCUCUGCAUUCUCCGUGAGUCGUUUCAUGAACUCACUAAAUUAUUCAUAAUUAUUAAAUGCGCGUUUGCACGAGAAAGGAUCCUUUGUAGGUUUGUGUUCUUACUUUUUUCUUCUUUUUCAGCAAAGAUUCUGGGAAACUAACUACCUACCCCUCCCCUAGAAAAACAUUAACCUUUACUUUUCACUCAAGACAAAAGGUUGGCCAAGGAAGGGGUAGGUGGGCAGCUUCCCAGACUCAUACACUGAUCCGAAAAGUUUUCGUUGAAAAGUGUAGCGGAUAAUAUUAAAGGACGUGUACAAUUCAUGUGCCAAAUUCAUGUGUUUUUGUUAGAACAUUUAAAAAGAGCAUUUCAAGAGGCACUCAAGGAAAAAGAAAGAGGGAAAAAUGUGGCUUUUUAGAAGUACAGCGGCGGGUAAUGAAAUGCAAAAGGCAUAAAGUGACUGGUGACGGUUGACUGUACUGUGUGUCCGUGGAUUGUAUAAGAGAGAAGAAACACGAAACGAAAAAGAAGAACGUGUUAAAAGGGCGGCAGGCUCAAUCUACACAAGCAAGAGUUCUUCAACAACUAAGCCUGUUGUUAGUUACACCACAUCCAUAACAAUCAAAAUAGCGUUUUCAUUCUAAGUAUUCUGGGUAGAACCCAGUCUUUGAGUGUUCAAUUCCAGUACAGUUCGCAACGUCAGGGCACCGUGUCUGAAUAUAUCGUAAUCCUCGUCCAUGUCAGUCGUAGCUGUUGUCGGUGGUUGCUGUUGAACAUUGUUGCUCGUUGUAUCAAGAGUCUGUUCUCCUGUUGAGGGUAAGUUUAAGUCCUGAGGGUGCUAGUAUAGUACGUUGCCUUGGUGUACAAGUCUACUUCCGCUUUCAUUUUCUAAACUUGAAACAACGCAAUUUCUUUAUCACCAGCCUCAACAGAUUAAAAUCUCUUCAGCGACAACUAUUAUAACCAGUCUCUGGAGGAGUGUAUUUAGAACAGCUACAGAAAACUGUGUCACUUAAACUAUUUUGUUUCAGAAUUUUCUGAGUCGAAUGUGAAAAAAGAUCUAAACAGGUAGCCUCACUUACAACUUUGAUGUGUUAUCAUCUUUUUCACUGAUUUCAUUACACAGGAACACUAGGAUUUAUACUGGGGUUCCCGUUAACUUUGUUUUUGCUACAGAAAAUGUUGUUUUCAUGGCCAUGGAACGUGCAUAAAAAUAACCGUACUCCUCCUCAAGGUCAAUAUCAACAUUUCUUCCAACCCACAGUUAUCUAAGGCAUGAGUACUAUAUCAUUGUGUACGUGUCUUUUUCUUGUCCUGAUAUACAUUUGACCAUUUGUACGGAUUAGUUUACUCCAGUUAUCCCGUAUCAAACAUUUAACAUCGCGGAAAUAAAACAAAAAAAGAUUUGCAGGUGAAAGUACGUAAGCACCUCUAGCGCAGUUUUAAUCCCUGUUCAAGUCUAAGCAAUGUCCCCGAAGGAAAACUUCCAUUGCAACUUUAAGAAAAGAUUUUGAAAUACAUUUCAGAACAGAAAUCAACGUUAAAAAAGAAAAUUGACGUUCCGUUGGCUUCAUGUCAUCAUUGUCAAAAAAUAAGAAAUUAACGUGAUUCAUGGGAGUAUUUAUAGCAAAGAAAGUCCGAAAAGUGCAUGCAAAUUAAAGCGUGAAAAUGGAAAAAUGCAAUUGAAUAAAAAGUUUCGCACGGAUGGAGUCCUCUUGAGUGUUGAGCGUUGGUCUUUUAUCUCUGAUAAUUUGCAUCUCAAAUAUCAGACAACGACUUUCUUUUUCUUUUCCUGAAUUUUGAUACAGUCUUUUACAAUUCAACUCCAGAGAAAAUUGACAACAUUUGAUGAAUCGAGCAAGAUGGAAUAAGCGCGAUAAAGUUUGAAGCAGCACGACUUCAUUUUAAGCGACGUUUUCGUGGCCGUCGCUGUCGUUGUUGCUAAAGCUCCCUAAUAAUUCAGGACUUGUACGGUAAAAAAUGACUAAUUUUAAACACAGAUUGAUGGUAGUCGACUCAGGCACGUAGGGCCAGCUGUGGUACCACGGUUUGAAACGUGCGGAAAGAGAGUAAAAAAACAAGGUUUCACCCACCGUUAACUGUUUAUUUAUUUUUUUCUGCUUUAUCAACGCGCGCUUUGUCGGGUUUCUAGUUGAAGUUUUCUCCGGACCGAGUCGGUGUUUUCCCUUUUCGGCGCUGACUCUCUUUCCAGGUCUGUUCACGUCUAUAUUAGUGAGCUCACUAGAACUUAAUAACAGUGUAACAUAGCUAUUUAUCUAUUUAGUUCUCGUACCAUAGCUAAAUGAGUAUUUACCACUUACUACACAUUCUUAUUAAAAAUAACUAACGUAUUUGUGGCUAUUUUCCCGCAGCUGCAUGUAGUUUACGCUCAAUGAACUGAUGUGCGGUCAUUGAACUACUGGUGUGGUUAUUGAUCUGUUAUGUACUUAUUGAACUGCUGUGUGGUUAUUAAACUAACAAAAACAAAAAUAGUGAAGGUGGAAAAAGGGACGUAAACACAAGGAAAUUGUCAGUUAUUUCUUCAAAAUCAUGGCUAUGAAUAAUUCGGCAAAAACGCUUAUUUAACAAUUUUCAUACUUCUAGUCCCUUUAUUAAAGGGAAUAAUUUCAGCGACCCAAAAAAGCUUUAAAUUUUUGUGAGCCAGGCAUUGAAAUGCAGCCCGCUAAAUUGACCAGUCACGGCGCACCGGCUAAUCACGAUGUGAAUACAUGUAAAGAACGGCGACAAAUUUUCCUUUUUUCUCUCUUCCUGUCUAUGUUGAAACUUGCAUGCACUCCUUAACAAAAUACGAGUUGGGUGUAAUCGCUAAAAAAAGGUGGAACGCGAAUUCAUUUGCUUCAUAUCAACGUUUCCCUGCCUUCUUCGAGAUUCACGCGUUAGUUUCAUUAUUACACUGUAACUCCCACAAUUAUUAUUAAAUGCCCGUUUGCACGACACAGGAUCCUUUGUAAGUUUGUGUUCUUACUUUUUUCUCUUUUUUCAGCAAAGAUUCUGGGAAACUAACCACCUACCCCUCCCCUAGAAAAACAUUAACCUUUACUUUUCACUCAAGACAAAAGGUUGGCCAAGGGAGGGGUAGGUGGGCAGCUUCCCAGACUCUUACACUGAUCCGAAAAGUUUUCGUUAAAAAGUGUAGCGGAUAUUAUUAAAGGACGUGUACAAUUUACGCGCCAAAUUCCUACGUUUUUCUUAGAACAUUAAAAAAGAGCAUCUCAAAAGGCACUCAACUAAAAAGAAAGAGGAAAAAGAUAUGGCUUUUUAGAGGUACAGCAACGGGUAACGAAAAGAAAAAGGGAGAAAGUGACUGGUGAUGGUUUAAGUUUAACUCCCGAGGGUGGUUAGUUCAAUGCCCGAUUUUCUUUCUUUCAUCUAGUAGUACGUUGCCUUGGUGUACAAGUCUACUUCCCCUUUCAUUUAAUAAUCUUGAAACAACGCAAAUUCUUUAUUACCAGCCUCAACAGAUCAAAAUUUCUUCAGCGACAACUAUCAUAACCAGUCUCUGGAGGAAUGUAUUUAGAACGCUACAAAAAACUGUGUCACUUAAAAUAUUUUGCUUCAGCCUGUUUCAGAAUUUUCUGAGUCGAAUGUGAAAAGUGAUCUAAACAGGUAGCCUCACUUACAACUGUAUCAUCAUCUUUUUCACUGAUUUAAUUACACAGGAACACUAGGAUUUAUACUGGGGUUCUUGCUAACUUUGUUUUUGCUACAGAAAAUGUUGUUUUCAUGGCCACGGAACGUGUAUAAAAUUAACUACUCCUCUUCAAGGUCAAUAUUUACAUUUCCUGUAACCCACAGUUAUCUAAGGCAUGAGUACUAUAUCAUUGUGUACGUGUUUUUUUAUUGUCCUGAUAUACAUUUGACCAUUUGUACGGAUUGGUAUACUUCAGUUAUCCCAUAUCAAACAUUUUGCAUCGCGGAAAUAAAAAAAAGACUUGCAAGUGAAAGGACGUAAGCACCUCUAGCGCAGUUUUAGACCCUGUUCAACUCUAAGCAAUUUUCUCAAAGGAAAAAUUUCCACUGCAACUUUAAGAAACGAUUUAUAUAGAAAUACAUUUUAAAACAGAAAUCAACGUUAAAAAAGAAACCUGACGUCCCGAUGGCUCCAUGUCAUCAUUAUCAAAAGAUAAGAAAUUGACAUGAUUCGUGGAAGUAUAUAUAUAUAUAAAAAAAAAAGUGCGAAAAAUGGAUGCAAAUUUAAGCGUGAAAAUGGAAA